ACUUUUAUUUUACCUUUGAGCUCCAUGGUACAGGAUGGAUUUGUCUGCAGUCAGAUGGUCAUCUACCGAAUACACACUUCACGAAUAUGUGUCCAAGUUCCAUGACUCUCUCCCUAACAUCAUUAAAGUAACAGAGGGAUUCCUAGGGAAACAGGAGAUAGACAGUGUCAGUUCUGGCACGGUGCUCAGAGUCCACUCUGUUUACAACCAGAAAAGAGUGACAGCUGAAUCCAAAGUAGGAAAGCUAUUCUCGUUGCCUUUCAAUCUGCAAAGUUUAAAAUUCAUAGUGGCCGCUGAUCCAGCAAAAGGUCUCAAGAUACAAGAUCCAUUGACCCUGGAAGAAAUAUUGGCCAAAUACACCCUACCUAUCACUGUCAAUCUUUCCAAGAUUCUUUCUUUUAAGGAGAAGGGAGAAUUGAACUCUCAGAAUGAACAGCUUUUCGACCUCACAUUAAUAGACACCUAUGAAGAAUCAUUUUUAGUUGGACAUAUUAUUGAUAAGGGAAAACUUAUUAUAGAAGACCCCAUUAUAGUUCCAAUGUACAUGACACAACUCAAGCUGGUUGCUGCCAAGGGAUUAAAGCAAGGAAACAAUGAGAAAUGGAAAGUGAUAUGUGAAAAGUUCACAUAUGAAGUAAAAACUAAAGGAAAAACGAAUCAGGCCACAUUUGAGGAAAUAUUUCUACUAGAUAAAAAAGACCUUUCUUCACAAGUGACAGAAUAUAGCACUAUCGAGCCAAUAUACAUCGAUAUCAGUGUGCUGCAGCAAAACACUAUAGAAUAUCUGCCAAACACAGGCACAUUGACUGUGGAACCAACUGAAGAGGCAGAGACCCAACAAGCUACAACCUUCACAAAAAUCUGUGAUAUUCCAGUAGAUCUUCGACCUCUAACUGUGAAUCAGGUGUGUGAAUGUCUACAGCUGCUCAAUAUGAAGCAGUACACUGCCACCUUUAAAAGAGCACAGGUGGAUGGUCAACUCUUGUAUGAGUUGGAUCAUGACAUGAUGAAGAACUCCCUGGGGAUGACGGCACUAAGCAGUGUAAAGUUGUCGAGAUUUCGGGAUGGGUGGCGACCCAAUCUACAGUCCUGAAUGCAAGGGUGUGAAAUGAGAAGUACUGAAGAUGUUGAAGAUCCAUGAGACCAUAGCUGAUUUAACAUUGUACUUAUAAGUUAGGAUGGCCCAUUGUAUAUUUCUUGCUCUCAACAGGAAAUGUCCUUUAAAUAUGACUAGCACAGAGUAUCACAGUUCCCUUAUAUGCCUUUCCUUUACCUAUUAAAAAUAUAUCUAUUUAAUUGUUAUAGAUUUUGGUGGUGGUGGAGGGUUAUCAGGCUCUCCUAAGGUCCCACUAUGACAUAUCUGCUAACUCAAACAAUCCAUCUAACUCCGACUUUCAUAUGAUUCAAAUCUUUUUUUGCUCCUUUAGUAUUCAGGAGAAAGCCUAGUGAAUAAAAUAGAAAGAUAAAGGAAUAAAAAAAUAUUUGGAGAGUGGCAAACAAUCUUCCUGUAAUAUACCUACAUGUUUGAUUACAUAAGAUAGUUAAAUGUGUCUUUAAAGGACGUAUCCAGUCUGGGAUUGGAAAACCUUUGUCGGUUGCACCCCUAAGGAAGUGACAGGGGGCACUUCUUUACUAGGGUGCUAGUUAGUCAUCAAAGGUAUACUUAAACAUAUUAUUUCCCUUGAUAGCUUUGCUUCAGAAGGAGAAAUGUGUCUUUAACCUGCUAAACUUGUCACAGUCAUUAGGUUAAUUUGGUUUAAUAUGGGCACAUAUGAAGAUCAAUGUGCUUCAGCUUCAAAGCUUUGGCAUCAAAGCUUUAUGAGUUGCAGACAUUGGCUGAAGAUCUGAUUCCCUGUGUUCUCCUAUUCUCUCUGAACUGUGGGAUGUGUUGUCUGACCUGACAGAGUCUGCAGACUGUGAGCCGAUUUAUUCCCAGCCGCAGACAAUGUCAAGUAACAGGUCCAGUCCCUAUGGGCACCCUGACAGACAGUCUUUUCAUUUAAAUGUGUUCUAUGUAGAAACUUUGUGGACUUUCCCCUAUGUGUAAAUAUCUAAUCACAUAUGUUUAUCCAAAGAUUUUUGAUCAAGAACUUGGCUUUGAUAUAGGGCCCCUAAUGAUGUUAAUACAUUAACCCAUCAAUGCCAGUGUUACAUAAACACAUUUUGAAAUUUCUUUUUUUUUUGGUAUUUGUUUAUUUUAUAAUCAGUGGUUGCAACUAUUACUAGUACAAACCAACAAAGAUACAGACUUAUAUACUUACCAUUACACACAUUAAUUUCUACAAGAAAAAUUGUGUGUAUAUAAUGUGAACAUAGAUAAAUGUAUGUUUUUUGAAAACCUAUUCAUACUUUCCCACCAUCAUGUUAAUAUAAAUGUAUAAUAAAGAAUGGUGGGUAAUAGUUAAAUGUCAAGAAUGAUAAAUGUGGCUCCAGUUAUGUCUUCAUUAAAUAUUAGAUAAUAUUAA